UUCCCUUCGCCUCCAAACGGAACUAGCUAGCAACGUACUGACUUCCGGGGGGAAGGUGAUUUUUGGCGGACCAGACAUGUGUGGAGCCCGCGCGGCCGCAGUUCUUGAGAAGUGCUCCACACCAUAUUUCCUACUAUGAAUACUUUCAAUAUUUAUCUGAAUGUUGUCCGAAGAUCUGUCUUCCAGUUGGCUGUACAAAAUAGAAUGAAAAAGGAGAUACUUUUAGUAACGCCUGGCAAGAUGAUGACUUGCAGAACAUUGGUUUUGUCUGCUUGGUUGAAGAAAAAUACUGUGCCAAGUACAACUGAGAAAUUAGAUUUGGAUGGAUGGAAAGAUGUAAUGCGAACUACUGUGCAAGAAGAAAAUAAUGAAGGAACAUCAGAGAGUGAGGAAGACCCCCGUGCAGCAGCUACCAAGGAACUUAUUGAGAUGUGGAGGCUUUCAGGUAAAGCCGUUCCAGAAAAUAUCAGUGAACAGGAUUUAAAGAUCCUAAUAGAAUCUCCAACUAAAACUUCCAAAAGGAAAUAUUUACAAUUCUUGGCUAAAAAAGAAAUUCUGAAGAAAGUCCAGAAAGAAAAGAAGGAGAGAAAAAAGGCAGAAAGGGGAGAAUUAAAUCCACCAGCUCAGAAAGAUGGUGAUGGUGAGCUAGAAAAUACAUUUCUCUUGAAGUUUUGGUCCAGAUCAGAAGAUGCUCUCUACAACUGGAGAGCUGCACAGGCUAUGAUCUUUGGUCAGCCUUUGGUGUUUGACAUGGAUUAUGAAAACUAUAUGUCACGUAGAGAAAUGGAAAAUGCAGUAAAACAGAUGUUGGAAUCUGAAGGCAUGAAUCGUAGGUCUCUGGACCCAUUUCAUUUGCAUUAUUGCAAUCUCAAAACAGAUAGUGCCUAUCACAAAGAAUUAAUCAAACGCUAUGGUGAGGCAUGGGACAAGUUAUUUGUGACAGUGACGGAAAAGGCUCAUGUUGAGGUCUUCCCAAGAGAUCAACUUGUGUAUUUGACUGCCGAUUCUCCCAAUGUAAUGAAAAGCUUUGAGCACGAUAAAAUCUAUAUAAUUGGAUCCCUAGUUGAUAAGUCUAUACAGACAGGGGUCUCCCUCGCACGUGCAAAGCGGCUGAACUUGGCAACAGCCCGACUUCCUUUGGACAAAUACUUGCAGUGGGAGGAAGGAGCAAAAAAUCUCACACUGAAUCAGAUGAUGUCUAUCUUACUAACCCUAAAAGAUACUGGAGACUGGAAGGAAGCUUUGCAGUUUGUUCCAACCAGGAAACAUGCAGGCUUCAUGGACAAACCUUUUUCAAAGAAUCAGAUGGAGGCAUGGAAGCUGUCCAAAAUGCAUGAGAGAACCGUGAAUCAAGAAAAGUCUCAGAAAUCAUUUGCAGGGAAUUCUUCCAGAAACCAAGUGCAGAAGAAGUGGUGGGAGGACAUAUCUGAAUAGCAUAUUAGCCAGCCUGUCAUGCCUGACAAAAAAAAUCUCAUUUAAAUCAAUGUUUAGCUUUUCAUUAUUUGAAAAGUUUAUCUAGCACUCUCAAGAGACAGUGGUUUGAUUAAGAACAUGUUCAACUUUUCUUUAAAAGUUGGAGAAAUUCCCUUGAAUUGUGCCUAGUGUCAUUCACUGUUUAGUGAUAGGAGAAAAUAAAGAGAUUGAAAAACCCAAUGACAAGAAUUGCGGAACUUGUGCAUUUUGCUACUGUAUAGACCCUCUUCCCUGAUUUUUAGUGAGGGAAUCAAUGAUUUAUGGCCUAGCAAACAAUUUUUUUUCUGACAAUAAUAUAUAUGAAGACAGAAAAGAUUUGCAUUCAUAACUGCAAAUUUCAUGAUGCAAAAAAAAAAAAAAAUAACAAUCCAUUGAUAUAGAGAGGGAAAAGGAGACUCGUCCAGGGCAUGCUGAUAUAGCAGUUUUCUACUCUUGAGGCAAUAUAACUUGUAGUUGCUUUAAAAUAACUUGUUUGAGCAAUGAGCCCAUGAUUUGGUAGUUUACAAUUCUGCCAAUUUUAUGGGGGUUUAUAAAUAUUGUGGGUGUGUAUAAAUAUUUGUAUAGCUGUGGUUAUGCUAGAAAAUAAAUUCUGGCCUGGCUUAUUUUUA